CCGCCAACCACAUCUCUUGACACAAUACUUUGAGUUUAUCUCUGUUUCCCAGACGUGUAUAUGUCUUUUCUUUUCCUCUCUUCAUCGAGCACUCUCAGGCUGUUUAGAGUUUUAUAUAAUCGUGCCCCUUCGCACCUUGUGGUCUUUAUUGGCUUGUUGGUUUUGGAUAUGCGCGAGUUGCGCUGAGGUCUUCACGUCGUUUGCAGGCGAAUCGUCACAUCUGCAUUUGGGCAGAUUAGCCUUUCGAGAUAAGAUAUUUAUUGUUUGUAAGUUCGAGUCUUAUCUCAAGUAAUCUAAAUGCACUUUAGUGAUCGAUGGCCUGCCCUCGGCUAGAUCUUCCGAAUGUACAUGACCAGCCAGGACACAUUCGCUAUCUAGGUACGGAGGUAUAUCCUGUUCCUGCCGAUAGAUUGUGCAAGGCACAGCAAUCAAUAUGCACCAUGCAGGAGACAGUCUGCAUAUAUGUCGAAGCAUGCCAAUCAGAAUCCACGAAGCUUGUUGCAGACCUGAAUAUCACAUCCAUCUCCAAACCCCCACACGGCAUGCAGCAGACUGGCAGCGGCGGGCGGCGGCUUUCUCCCACAUAACCUUACCCUUAUCCUCGUUCGGAUUCCAACCCAGCCAUGAUACUCACAAUUGGUCAUCUCGUUCCUUCAUCUCACAGUCCCUUCACAUGCAAGCAAUGGUUCAAGCCAUGGCUGAGACAAGCACGUCAUUCUACUUUCUUUCCUCCAUCAACGUCUCAUUUGUUCGAGUCCUCAGUAACAGCUGAAGAUGUUCAACCAAACCACAGCCUGUACAUAGGAAUGUGCGAUGAAAAAAGCAUGGGAAGUGCACUAGAUACGCCUCGACAAGGCACAUCCAUACCACCCGUUCCCGUACCAUUACCCAUAUCCGCUAGCACGUUUCCUUAUCUCGACCCUCGUACGGUCCAGUCAAUUCUUUAAAUCUGCAAACUCAGAUCGGCAAAUCAUUAUCUGGCGCCUAUUUGCUGAAUUCGGAGAUGCGUUGCAGAGCCAUAGACGAUCGGAGGGUUUGUGCCCUUUGGUUUCCGGAAAGAAGCGCAAGAUGAGACAUCUAUCCUGUAAGACAGGCAGGUUGCUUUGCUGAACAGAGUUAAGUUUAUUCUCGUGCACGGGACAUAGUGUAAGAGUACGGGGAGGGGGAGGCAAGCACGUAUGGGGAAAAGAAAGUUCCGACUAUGGAGCUUCUGAUUCAUAAUCUCGAGAUACCCUGGGGAGAGGAAAUGUUAUCUCAGUAGUGCUUUUCGGUUUCGUUUCUUCAUAUCAUUGUUAUCUGUUCAGUCUUCCUAAGCUAAAUUGUUUUGGUGCUUCGUUCUGCAUAAAUCAGCUUUCGAGCUCCAGGCUGAGUAUCCUGUGGAUAAGCCAAAAUGGGAGACUUCGACCCUGCUUUUGUGCACGAGUUGGCGGUCCAGACUUGGAGUUUGUAUGGAGUCGGCAUGGUGUUGAUCCUCAUGCGGACAUAUGCUCGUAUACACCGCCUGGGAGUCCGAGGACUACAACCAGAUGACUAUCUCAUGCUAGUAGCCGGUGGUCUCUACACGACUCUCAUCGUCUGCUUGAACGUCAUUGCAGGUGGUGGUGGCAGUAAUCUGUAUCUUCCAGAAGACUAUGACACGUUCACUCCUCAGAACAUACAAGAAAGGAUCAAGGGCUCCAAAAUCGUCGUCAUUUCCGAACAGGCAAUGCUCAACGUAAUAUACGUAAUCAAAGCCUGCAUGCUCAUCAUGUACACCCGCCUCACCCUCGGCCUCCAAGUCCAACGCAUGGUCCUCUACCUCACAAUCUACGUCGCCCUAGGCUGGCUCGCCACCGAAAUCGCCUUCUUCACAGCCUGCACCCCCUUCAGCGGCUACUGGGCUAUGCCCCCUCCAAACCCACAAUGCACUACCCUCGAGCACUACGCCAUUAUCCAAGCCUGCUUCAAUAUCUCCUCCGACACCCUCAUGCUCUUCAUCCCCCUCCCCCUCAUCACCAAGCUCACUAUUCCCCUGAAACAGAAACUUGUCCUCCUCGUCAUCUUCUCUAUGGGUCUCUUCGUCAUCCUUGCCGCUGUCCUGACUAAAGUUUUCAACCUCUCCAACGUCUGGGACCCUUCGUAUAUGCUCUGGUACACCCGCGAAGCCUCCGUCGCGGUCUACGUCUCCAAUCUACCUAUGAUCUGGCCACUCCUCAGAGAGUGGUUCCCCUCGUUACGAGACCUCACACCAGGCCAUAAAUCGUCUGGUGUAUCGAAGAACUUGGCGUAUGGGCCGGGCACUGGAGGAGGAGCAGGAGGUAGACCGCACAGGACUAAUAUAGCGGGACGACACAUGCAUCUUGGUGGAAGCUUUGGCGGGAAGAGGUUAAGUGAUAACGGGAUUAUCACGACGAUUCGCGCGAAGGGGGAGAGUACGGAGGAACUGAGCACGAAAAGCUAUGAUACGGAGAGGGGGAUUUUACACAGCGAUACUAAUCCGGACGAGGAGUGGGAGAUGCGACCUACAACGAGAGGAGGCGAUGAUACUUUGGAGAGAGACGUGCAUUUGAAAGAAAGUGAUGGGGGUGGCAUCCAUAUGACGACUACAGUGCAGAUUUCUGUCUCAGGCGAGAAUACUCCUGCAAAGCCUGGAACUGGAGAGACGAGGGUCCAAAUUCCCAGACCAUUGAUUAUGGGGAGGAACCAGGAUCUGGAGAAAGGGUCACAAUUUGAUGCUUGGGAUUACAAGCAUGGCGGGCCUGAGUCGAGGAGGUGAAAUGGCGUAGCGCUGUAACGGUGACCUCGGUUGAAGUACUGCCAAGUUGGUGACUCUGUACUUAUAUGAGCGGCAGUGAUGGUUUACAUACAAACUGGAGUAUGGUGUUGGGAACUGCUAUCGAAUGUAGAGAGAGUACAACAGAACAAGAUAUAUCGUUCAAGCCUGUCUGGUUUAGAAAUGUGUACGUGCUUGCUUGCAAUUCUCUCUACUACAUUUCGUUUCAUCUCACAGAAUAUUGCCCGGUGCAAAGAGCUUUCUGUUGCUGACAUAUCGUGUUUACUAUCAUCCAGACUUGAAGGA